UCUAACUGUAUUAUAUAUAUUAAGGAUGACUUGUGAUGUAUGAGCUUAUAACCCAGUUCCCAGUCGUGAGUCAUCUUAAUCUCAGAGUAUUUAACAUGCUUCUGUAAUUGAGGCUUCUUAGUAACGCUCAUUCGGUGGAGGCUGGGUGCGCCUUUCCGUCGCUGAGCAGGCUCUCCUGGACCCCAACCGGCCCAGCCCCGCUGCUGCCCUGCGUUAGAGCCGCGACACCCGUUCCCGCGUCUCUAGGGCGAGGCUGGCAUUUUCCCUGCCGCGUGCGGACACUGGGCCCGAGCCCCGCGAGGCAAGCUACUGGGCGCGGUGACCGGGCGUGAAAACCCGACACCUCGCAGGGAGCGGAGCCGGCCAGACUCGGGCCCAUGGUCACCCCCGCGCGGCCACGAGACUUUCCCCCUCGGCGAACCAGAACCCGGAGCGCACCCGGCGCCUCCGGGCCUGACCUCCGCGCCGCAUGAGGCCUGGGGGCGCCCUCUUCCGGGGCUCUGCGGGGCCUGCGGCCGGAGAGCUGCCGGGUCGGGCCAGCGAAGCCAGCCCAAGCCCUCGCUUCUCUCCCGCGGGAAGCGCUCCGCUGCUAAAGGAAAGCCUCAGCCAGCACGGCGCCGAGGACUCAAGCAAGCCCGCCCGGACAGAAAUGCAACGAACAAAAAAAAAAGUACAACAAUCCAAACCCAACCGUGUCGCAGAGCGCCGGUUCUUCCAGUGGGGGGGCUCCGCCGCCGCCGGCCCCGCCCCCCGGCUGUGACCCCGCCCCCCGUCCCCGGGUCCCGCGUCCUCGCUCGCGCGCCGCCCCGCUGGCUGGAAGGGCAGCCAGGGCCGCGGACCCUCCGUUUCUCUGGGCGCGCCGCUGGCGGUGGCUGCGCGCGGCGGGGGACCCCGAGAGGACCCCGCUUCCCUCCCUCGGGUAAAGGCGAGGCCCGGCAGGGAGGCAGACCGAGGCGCCAGGAGACGGCGAAGGCGCGGGCCCCGGCUGGGACCGCGAGUCCAUUUUGCCGCUGUGCCCGGCGGGUAACACACGGUCGCCAAGACCGGAGCCCCGGGUGGUUGCCUCCUGUCAGCCACAAGGUGGGAAAACCCGAUUGCUUUGCCCUGAGAAAUAGUAACCCUGACGAAUACACCUGCUUGUGGGGAACAGAGGACGCGAUGGAGCUACUUGAGGAAGAUCUCACGUGCCCAGUCUGUUGCAGUCUGUUUGAUGACCCUCGAGUUUUGCCUUGCUCACACAACUUUUGCAAAAAAUGCUUAGAAGGGAUCUUAGAGGGGAAUGUGCGGAAUUCACUGUGGAGAUCAUCUCCAUUCAAGUGCCCCACAUGCCGAAAGGAAACUUCAGCUACUGGAGUCAAUAGCCUGCAGGUUAAUUAUUCCCUGAAGGGUAUUGUGGAAAAGUAUAACAAGAUCAAGAUCUCUCCCAAAAUGCCAGUGUGCAAGAGACACUUGGGGCAGCCUCUCAACAUUUUCUGCCAGACCGAUAUGCAGCUGAUUUGUGGCAUUUGUGCUACCCGUGGUGACCAUACCAGGCAUGUUUUCUGCUCUAUCGAAGAUGCCUAUGCUCAGGAAAGGGGUGCCUUUGAGUCCCUCUUCCAGAGCUUUGAGACCUGGCGUCGGGGAGAUGCACUCUCUCGCCUGGAUACCUUGGAAACUAGCAAAAGGAAAUCUCUACAGUUACUGACUAAAGAUUCAGAUAAAGUGAAGGAGUUUUUUGAGAAGUUACAACACAGUUUAGAUCAAAAAAAGAAUGAAAUCCUGUCUGACUUUGAGACCAUGAAACUUGCAGUCAUGCAAGCCUACGACCCAGAGAUCAACAAACUCAACACCAUCUUGCAGGAACAGCGAAUGGCCUUUAACAUUGCUGAGGCUUUCAAAGACGUCUCGGAACCCAUUGUAUUUCUGCAACAGAUGCAAGAAUUCAGGGAGAAACUAAAAGUAAUCAAGGAAACUCCUUUGCCUCCCUCCAGUUUGCCCACAAGCCCUUUAAUGAAGAACUUUGAUACCAGUCAGUGGGAAGACAUAAAACUAGUCGAUGUGGAUAAACUUUCUUUGCCUCAAGACACUGGCACAUUCAUUAGCAAGAUUCCCAGGAGCUUUUAUCCGUUAUCUUUGCUAGUUGCUGUGCUUGGCCUUCUCAUUUUCUUUGGUCCCACCAUAGUCCCAGAAUGGUCUUUAUUUGAUGACUUUGUGGCUUGGAAAGACCAGCUCUCAAACUUCAGUUCCUAUCUGGCUAAACCAGCUGAUUUUGUAGAACAGUCAGUUCUCUACUGGGAACAGGUGACAGAAGAGUUUUUCAUUUUCAGUGAAAGAUUCAAGAAUUUUACUUUGGUGGUGCUGAACAGUAUGGCAGAAUUUCUGUGCAGAUAUGAACUAUUAUAAAAUCUGUUUCAAGUACACAGCUCUUUGUCUUUUUCUUAGCAAGAGAGUAGAGUGGUAGUAUAGAUUUUGUCAGGAUUCCAGUUAGAUGUUUUCCUUCAGAAGUAUUCCUUUCAAAAUAAUGUCCUACAUGUUUUGUUCAAAUUAGGGAGCAUAAAAGGAAAAAUGAGAUUUAAUAGUACAGUCCUGACCCCUUUCUUUUUAGAGUUAUUUUGAAAUAAGCAAGUAUCCAAUAUUGGUUGUGUUUAUGCUAUGAAAAAGGGGUGGCAAGAGCACAUGAUGUAACCCUGUGUUGAGGUUGUGUAACUCGUUUAAGCAUAUAAUAAAGAUGACCCUUGUAAAGCAA